GUGAGAAGAUAUAUCAGAAUCAAUUAAAUAAAUAUUCGAUAUUAUUGAAUAGGAAAAUUAAACAUACAUUGAUCUCAUAAAAAAAAAUGAAAAUCUUGCAUAAUCUAGCUAUCAGGAUUUGGAAAUGUUAGUUAAUAUUUUGGUGGGCAAAACUUUAGAUGACUGGAAUUCUUAAAAGAAUACUAAUUUGCAGAAAUUAUAAUAAGUUCAGACAUGGUUAGAAAGUGAAGUGAAAAAUUUUAGUACAAAACUUACAGCACAAAUAACUUAAAUCAAUUCAAUAAUUAAGUAAUUCUAUUAAUUAUAAAUUUUCGAAUAGAAAUUAAAAUUAAGAAUAAUAUGUAUGGAAAGAAGGUACUUAAGAACAUAUUGGUAUUAUUUGGGACUAUGAAUACGAUCCGCCACGGUCAAAAAAAACGAAAUUUCAAAUAACCUUUACUAAAAACAAAUAAAUAUUAUAUAUGAGAGAUGGGUAAAUAUUGAGAACGUAUUUGUUUUAUUCAUAUAUAAAAUUUUUAUAGAGAGUAAUUUAAAGAUAUUUCAAAGAAACCAGAAGUAUUGACUAAUCUAGAAUAAAUAUAAAAUCUAUAAUGGGUUGGUGAAUAUGGAAAGAAUAAAUUCAAGGUAGGAAAUUGGAAAGCAAUUUGGAUUGAAUAGACUCUAAAGGAUGUUGCCGGAUUGUACUCGAUUGAGGGAAAGAAAUAAGGUUUAUGGAAGGAUAUAAUUAAAAAUUUUUGGAGUUAAGGUAAAAUUUACAAUCAAUUUCAAAGCUUAAGCAUUUGAGAUUGGAGAAUAUACAAAUGAUCAAAGAAAAGGGAUUUGGAAAUAAAUCUACAUGGAUAAAGAAUUGUAUUUAUAAUAAAUAUUUCAAAAAGAGGUAGUGGAGAAUAUAAUAAUUAAGGAGAAAAAUAUGGAAAAUGGAUAGAAUUAAGUGAAGGAUUUAAUUAACAUUCAUAAGUUCUUUAUAAUGGUGAGUAUAAAAAUGGUAAGAAAGUUGGUAGAUGGGAGAUUUUCUACAAGGGAAAAUAUGAAAAGAAAUUUACAAAAAUGUAAAUCAUACAUAGCUAAUAAUUUAGCGGAGGUGGAUCAUAUGAUGAAGGAGGCUCGAAUAAGAUUGGAUUUUGGAUGAAAAAAUUAUUUAUUGGUGGUGGAUCUUAAGAUGAAGGAUCAAUUAAGAUUGGAAGAUGGGUUGAAUUGAGUGAAGAGUUUUAUGAUGAUUCAUAAGUCACAAAUAAUGGUGAGUAUAAAAAUGGUAAGAAAGUUGGUAUGUGGGACAUUGUAGCUUGGGGAAGAAAGAUGUAAACAUUUUUAAAUUUAAUUUUUAGUGGUGGAGGUUCUUAUACUGAAGGAGAUUCAACUAAGAUUGGAAGUUGGAUUGAACUGAGUGAAGGAUUCAAAUAUAAUUCUUAAGUCACUUAUAAAGGAGAAUAUAAAUGUGGUAGAAAGACUGGUAGAUGGGAUUUAAUAUUUAAUGGAAAAUUGAUGUAAAAUUAAUUUAAUAAAAUUCUAGAGGUGGUGGAUUAUAUAAAGAAGUGGAAGGAGAUUCAAUUAAAGUAGGAAAUUGGAUUGAGAUGAACGAUUAGUUUUGGGAGAAUUUUUAAGUUAUUUACACAGGUGAAUAUAAUAAAAUAGGUCAAAAAGUAGGAAAAUGGGUAGAAAUAGAUUUGGAGAUAAAUAAACAAUUAAAAGAAAUCAAAUAUGAUAAUUGA